AUGCACGCGAGAGACGCAGCCGGACGCCAAGUCUCGUUAUUAAACGACGACAGCAAUGGCAUCUCAAGACCAAUGUCACAUCGUCCCUUGAGCUACCAGUCCACCAGCUCGAUAUACUCACAUCCCAGCCCGUCGUCCAGGAGCAGUUCCUCCUCUCCUCACAUUCCCGAGCUCCUCCGUUCCGACUCUUACGACUCCCAAGCCAGUACUGAUCCAAUUUCUCCAAUGACGCCUUCGGUUGAUUAUGCGUUCCCUCGAACCUCUAUCUACCAUGGACAGGAUUACUCCAUGGAGGCACCACUACCCAAGCGACCGGUGUACGCUGAUUCGAGCAGAGCACCCUCGUUUGCCGACGACGACGUGUCUCCCGUUACGCCCACAGAGAGACCCGGGAAGCGCUACCCAUGCCGCUACCGUGACAGUCAUGGCUGUGAGAAAACAUUUACAACUUCCGGACAUGCCUCCCGUCACUCCAAGAUCCACACUGCGGAAAAGGCCGUUCAAUGCACCUUCCCAGGCUGCCAGAAGAAGUUUACUCGCGCAGACAACAUGAAGCAGCACCUUGAAACCCACUACAAGGACAAGAGCCGAUCAUCCUCGAGCCAGCGCGCACACAAGGCCGCAAUUGUCGAAGCACGACGCAGCUCGGCUGCUGGUCGAAGCCGGUCAGCAACGCUACGGGACUCUACCGCACAGUGGGAGACGGCCCAAUACCCCUUGCCUACCACCCCACUAGCUUCACCGAGCAGCAAAUGGGACAUGCGCGAACUCAACCUACCCCUCCUCGGCCGCCCGUCUACAUCAAGGACGCCAAGCAGUGGCCUCGAUGCCCUAGCAAUGGCGGUAGCAUGCCAGGAGGGUGGCGGACACUGA